AUGGCACCCAAGGCUCAGCCGGAUCGAAUGGCGGGAGGCCCCUCUUCUUCCUCGAAAAGCACCACAGACCCCAUGUUGCAAGGCGCCUAUGAGCAAGACGAGUCAAACGACUUGGAGGGGUCGACAGAGGAAAUCGCUGCCUUUGAGGCGCGCCUUCAGCAGCAGCAGCAGCAGCAUGGCCGGAGCAACUCUGCAGCGACACGGAACAUAUCGAGGGCCCCCACGUCAGGUGCUCCGCGACGCUCGUCAGCAUCGGUGAUCAAUAGUGCCCAUCGGCCGCAUCCGUCCUCGAGUGCCGCCCGGUCGGCGGCCGCCUCGCACCGCACCGCCGACCGUGGCGCGUCAGAGGAGGAGCACGCAGCACGGACACAGCGUGGCGAGGACAUCGAGGAUGUGCGCCGUCUCGAGGACCGCUUCCGUGGUGGUGAUGACGACGAUAGCGAUGAGGAGACAGUUGCACGCCGGCGCAAGAUGGGGUUGUGA